AUGGACCACACUAUCAAGGAGAUUCAAAAAGACCCUAAAGGUGACCAUGCCCUUCACCAGGGUCUUAUGGCUCUUGUCUAUAAAGUUCUUAAAGGGAAGAGUAUUGAAAAAUCUAUAAAAGGCAAAUAUGUAAGAAAUGAGGACACAAAGAGUGAAGCCAGUGGCUUUAACUUUGACUCAGAGACUAAGGGUGAUUUGGAGGAGACUAGCAAAAAAGGUAGGAAUAAGGCUAAGAGGAAAAGGAUUGUGGUGGAUUUAGAUAUUUCAGAGUCUAAGGCUGAAUUAUUUGAAGGGAAAUUUAUUAAAAAAAAAGAAGGGAAAGUUACUGGAAAGCAAAUACAGAGGAAGAAGACCAGCAAGGAAAGCAAUAAAGAUAUCAACCAAAUCCUGAUUGAUUCUGAAGAAGAGGCAGAGGAGAAUAAAAAGGAUGAGGGACAGGAUAAGGAGGGGGAGGACAACCAGGUCACAAACAACGUUGAGGGUUUGAAUGCCCAAGGUAUGCAGAAAGAGGAGCAAGAAGACAAAAGUGGUAAGCUUAGUGACUGUGUUGAUGAGAAUGCGACUAUAAAGGGAUUUUGUGAGACUGUUGGUACAAUGGUGAAGGAUAUAGGUAGCUUGAAGAAAGAUACGCUGACUGUCAAAAUAGCGACAAUUGGAAAAAAACCCCUGACGCAAAAUGUUAAAGAGUUAGUAGUUGCAAUUAAUAAUGUGGAAGCCACUGAAAGCAUGGUGGGUAAAAUUAUUACCACUGAAAAAAAGAUCAAUAGAUUUGAGAACAACACUGAGAAGGAUGUUGACAAGGAACAACUAGACAAAAAAGGUCAUGAGAAAAGGACCAGAGCCAAUACUAGGAACAAGGGCGACAUUAAAGGUCAUGAGCUGGAGGAGUUAAAGACUUCAACAGACAACAUGAAGCUGAUGGAUGUCCAUGCUGAGGAUAUCAUGAAGAGUAUAUAG